AUGGCUUUACAAGGAAGGGUGGCGUCCGGAUCGGUGCUCGUGGGCAAGAAUAUGAUUCAGGUGGAUCCAUUGUCAAAGUGCCCAUUUUGUGCUUCCUUCGAGGAAACUCCUGAACACCUAUUUUUGCAUUGUCAGUUCUCGUGGAAUACUUGGUCGCUUAUAAUGGUGUGGUGGCAGAUGUUUUGGGUUUGUCCACCCUCUUUGGCGGACUUAGCAAAUUGGUGGUUUGGCACAAGGUUUAGAAAUAUGGAAAGGCACACUUGGGAGGUGACGUUCUUUGCUACCUUAUGGUCAUUGUGGCUUGCAAGGAACGAACUUAUUUUCAACAAUACCUCAAGGUCAGCUAGUGAGGUAGGGGACCAGAUUAAGACUAGGGUGGCAAUGUGGAUGAAAGCAAAGUUCGAUAUCAAGGUGUACUCAGUGGAGGAUUUUAAAUGUUUUCUUCAAGGUAUUCGUAAGCUGAAGUUCUAA